AUGACAGAUGUCGACCCCGUGUACUCAGAAUUCGCAUGUCAGGGGUGUUCGUACUUCGUUGAUAUCAAAAUCGCGGCGCUGCUAACAUCGUCUGCAUUCUUGCCGGAUGAACCGUCGAUUCAUGCUUCCUCUGCUGUGUCGUCCGGACGGCUGCCUUUGGAGCGGUGCCUGACUGAAGCGGAUCGCACGUUUUGGACUUCGUGCGGACUGCCCGCGCUCGCCGGCUGGAAGCUGUCAUCCAGACGGAAGAGUCAGCUGCAUGCAGAGGGCGCGCUGCAUAAAUCUGCCAUCCCGUUGCGGAUUGUUUUGCCUUCGCCGAGACAGCGGUCGUCGUCUCACGUCGCCGCCACCCCCGACGCCAGACACAAGGAUUUCGCAGUCCCGAGUGUGGCCUGUGAAGGCGCGGCUUCCAGUGGAACCGGGGACUUCGAAAAGCCGACGUCUUUUGAUACCGUCGUCUUGCUAGAAGCAGGUUCGGCGUCGCAUGGCGAGCGACCCGCGCUGCUCAGCAUGCCCCUAGAAACUGAAAAAACGCGCGACGCAGAGGACGCCAGCGCUGAAUGCGGUGCCACUUCGGGGGAGUUGGCAACCGACCGAAUUAGACAAGACUCCGCGACCAACGCGGGCCGAAAGAGUCUCCACGAGCUAAAAACCGAGUCGCUCCGGAAAGCCUUCGUGGCACGCCACGAACUGAAAAUUAGGCAGAAAGACCACCUUGUGGCGGUGUUGGCAGCUCGAGAAAUAUCUCGUAUUUUCGCCACAGAAAACAAACUGCUUCUUCUUCAAGCCCAGAAAAGGAGUCUCGUCCACUCAAAGCUCCCAGCCACCAAGGGGCUUGCGCACGUUGACGUGGCCGCACUCGGCGUGGGAAGAGAAAAGCGACAGAAACAGUUGGUGGCAUGGUACUACGCGGUUUUGGAUGCUGCCGCCGGCUGCGGAGACGACUUUCUAACAGCAAAUCCAGGUGGCGUGCGGGGUGCGUUGAUUAUCUCGCCAGAAGACGCGCGCGCUCGUGGCUUCGGAGCUCGAGCAGCGUUGCUGGAAGUGCUCCGCUGCCUCCGCGAGGAGGUUCAAGCAGGCCGUAGCUUGACUUACGAGACGCUGGCGCACAUGAUUUAUCUUCUUCCGCUUGACGCCUUCACUCCUACCCUGGCCCGAGUAAUUCUCAAGGCCGUCCAAGUCCUCAAGAAUCCUCUGCACCAGUUGUCCAACCUCCUUCGCGGUCUUCGCCAAGUGCACGGGGUCGUCCCGCCCGAGCUCGAGACAGAGGUCGUGAAGCUCCUGACCAGCGGAGUCUCAGCUUCUUCGGGUCCUAAAGCGGCAGCCAGGAAGCGCCCGACUCUGCCUCUGGAUCGCGUAUAG